GAGGUGUAAAUCUGUGUGUGUGUGUGUGUGUGUGUGUGUGUGUCAACAGGGGUGGCCUGGGAAACCUCACACUGGCAUACCCAAUACUUUCAGGAUUGACAAAACACCUUGAAAUUGCACACCUAGUUCACCUAUGGGCACUAUGUUUGAGAUUCUGGGUCAUAACAUGCGUGUUGGUUUUUUUAACUUUGGUCUUGGCCCUUUUUCUUAGGAUCAUUUUGGGAGAGACGAGUUCCUUCACUCAUUUCUUUUAUGACUGCAAAUUGACUGUAGUAUUCAUUUCACAGUUUGUUAACCCCUUAAGUAUCACCCCCUGAACACAAGCUUGAAAAUGACCCAAAUAAAAUGGUUACUCUUCUUGAACCCUUUUGACGACAGGUGUAAUCCCAGUCUCUUCUGAAAGCUAACCCUUUGGGGGUUUUACUUAAUCUAAUUAUUACUAAAACAAAGUUUGUUUUGUUACAAAAUAAGGAACUGUUGUUGCUAAAGCAAUGGCAUAAUUUCUGCCCCUUAAAAUAAAUUAUACCGAUGGAACCAUGGGUUUUAAUGCUUUCAAACGGUAUAUCCUGCUACCAUUAUAUUUUGUACGUAAGGUUUAUCCAACAAAUUGCUCUACCCAUCAGUGAAUUUGGCAGUGUAACUUCAUUGAUUUAACUGGUUAAUUAUCAUAUUUUUAUCAUAAGUUUCAACUGUUGAUGCCGCAUGUGUUUUGUAUUUAGAGUGCCAAACAUUAAACAAGGGUGUUAGUGCUUGUUUUAAACACAUUUUACUUAAUCCAAAUUUCCCCAACAUAAACAUAUUGUUAAGCGUCCUCUUCCUAAAUGAAUACCAUACUGAAAUGUUAAAAAACAUUUCAAAAUGACAACGGGAGGUUCUGGUUUGUUCCCCUUUCAACUUACUGUCCUUUCUCAGUUCACCUCACAAUACCAGUUGGUGUGCAGGUUCCUUUACAACAACAUUGAAAUGACCAGUAAAUAAACAAAUAAAAGUUAAGAGUUAUGUUAUAAUAUUUUUUUUUCUAAACUGACUGUAGUUCAGCUGGAGGCAGCAGUAACGCUCUAAAGCACCGUAUGUUUACCAUCAUUCCGAUUCCAGCCGUUGCCUGGGCGACGGCACGGAGGCCGUCAGAAAGGUUGUCCGUGAGCGAGCGCCCGAUAAGCGCCGUGUCCGCAGACAAGCGGUUAAUGAGCUCGCCGGUGCGCGUCUUGUCGAAGAAACCCACCUCCUGCCUCAAAAUUGAGGAAAAAAGGGAUUCGCAGAUUUACCAACAUUGGACUCACCUGAGCUCUGCAUGAGGUAGACCCGUGCGGAGUUGGCGGCAGCACCACAGAGGAAAACCCCGCACAGCAUAGUGCACAAGGAGGUGAGGGAUGAGGUGAAGUCUGCGGCAGUGUUCAUGUAGAUGGUGUCAAUCACUCGGCCCAGGAAGAAGGGAGCCGACAUGGUGACCCCACUCGACAGCACCAGGCACCCCACAGCCACUGCAGACAAACAUGAAUAUGAGACUGGGCCUGUGCUGAUCAUGCUAACCAUCAGUUAGCCAGUAGCAUACUGCAAUAAGCACCAGAACAUGGAUGGAAUUACAUUGCAACCCAGACUUCCCGAGGACAACUGGUCAGCUGCCGAUGACACCCCUUUGAUCUGUGGUUCUUGUAAUUUCCCGACAACCAACAAUUCAACCCUACAGUGUCCGUAACAAUGGGAAGGCUGUUGUCGAGGCCAGACAGAGGAUUGCUGAAGGCUGCAGACUCCUGUGGGUAGGCCAUUAAACAUGGCUGCCAUCUAUUCAGGCAUUCACCUGAAGCUGAAGAGUCCUAAAACAUCAUGGGAAGACAAGCUGAAGCUGGCACGCUUCGCCUGGAUCUCCCCGCAGUGCUUCCUCCCAAACAAGGAACAGGUGUUGUUUGAUUGGACAAGUCAUGCCUUGACUGGUUACUACAGUAAAAAAGUGGAGCUCCCUCAGCAGGUGUUGGAGGGGCUGUGGGCAUACCUGGAUGACAUUCUCCACAGCAAGCAUCUGCAGAAGGCCAUCAGUCAGGGAAAGACACCCAGUCUGCGCACGAACAUAGCACAGGUGGUCAAUGACAGGAUCCUGGAGUUUGUGUUGGGGUCAUCCCCUCUAAGUGCCUCCACCGUGCUGAGAUGUUGCCAUGGCAUCCUGUCCUCGUCUGUGCUGUCCGUCACCUACAGCACCAGGUACGAGCUGCUGGUGGAGCUUGUUGCCAGACUUUGUGGUCUGGCCUGUGCCUCGCCUGGCCAAGAACCCGAAGCUCACCUACGCCCCCAGGUGUUGGAGCUCCUCCACUUGGCUCUCAGCAGCUACCUGCUGGUCCAACGUCAGCAGGCCAACCCCAACCGUGUGUUUGCACAGGUGACCGCCCACCUGCUGCAGCCCCUCCUCCUGCUCAGACACCUGCUGACUGCCCAGGUGCACCUGGGCAGGGAGAUCCGGAGCAGAGUGGAUGCAGUGCUGCAGUCGGCUCUUUUCCUGCCUGACCACCUGCUCUCCUAUAGGGAGGAGCUGCUGCCAAAGAAGGAAGCGUCGGCCUCUACCCGCGGCCCUGCCCGCAAGGGUGUGCUGACCCCGGUGAGCAGCGUGCUGCAGAGGCUGUGUGAGCCAGGGCUUUGUGACCCAUUGCUGCACUUUGCUGUGCGCUCCAACUCCGUCCCGCUGCUGUACAGAUUUGCCCUGGACACUUUCUGCCGCUCCGGAGACAACAAGGAUGUCUGCUUCCACCUGCUGACACGGCUCAUCACUGCUUUGGACCUUACAGAGGACCUGGCCCCCAAGGACAGCUUUGACCCUGCAAACUGGAGCCUGGCGUUGCUUUCUCUGGAAAACCUGCUGAAUUUGGUGCUGAAUGGAGAUGUGUACAACGUGGCGGCAGACAGAAUCCAGCAUGGCGAGGCACAGUUUAACUUCUACAGGAAGGUGGCUCACUUGUUGCUCUACAGUGCGCAGUCGGGUCUACCGGCCUGGUACCGCUGCCUGAAGGCCCUCCUGUCACUGAACCACCUGGUGCUGGAGCCCGACCUGGACGACCUUGUGUCCUCUGCCUGGGUGGACCAUGAGUGCGUGGAAGUGCGGGCGAGGAAGGCCAGGGAGGCUCUGAUCACUGCCGUGCUCCAGACCUACACCAAGCUGCGGCAGCUCCCCCGGCUCUUUCAGGAGGUCCUACUGGUGAUGUGUCGCCCGGCAGCCGACGAGCUGAGGCCGCCCCUCCUGACCGCCUCCCUCCAACGGAGUCUGAGCCAGUGCCUGUUAGAGAGCCCCCCCAGCCAGAGCCUGGAAGUCUGGCGCCUCCUGCUAGAGAACGUGCAGACCUACUUGCUGCCGGACCUGGAGGGGAAGGACGAUGUGGCCCUGAAGCUGCUCUCGCUGAGCGGACUCCUGCACGUGGUCCUCUUCAGCGUUCGGACCCUGGAUAGCAGCUCGCCCCUCCCCGUCCUGAGGCAAACUCAGAGCCUCAUGGGAGAAAUGCUUGUGCUCAUAACGCACCUGCUCCGCCUGCUCGCAGGCAAGGAUACAGCGGCCCUGUGGUUCCAGACUGUCCACCAGGCGGCGCUCUUCCUCAGCUACACCUGGGUGGAGGUGGACACUGUGUUUGAGAUGCACUGCAUCAGGUACAAUAGCACUCUAACAGAGAUGGGCCCCAGCCUGCUGCCCGGUGUGGGUGAGGAGGAGUGGGACCAAGUUCUGUCCCUUUCCCAGCAAUGUGGCCACCUCAGCCAGUUCCUCCAGGAGCAACUGACCCUCCAGAGAAUGAAGAAGGCUCUCCUUAGGACCAGCAUUUCCACAGAUGCUGAUAUCCGGGAUGAUCUCUGUAGGGAUGCUCAGUUUAUCGUCAGGACAGGAGAGGCGUCCUUCCGUGAGGUGUCUGAAGAGGUCUGGGACGGACAGGUGAGCAGUGUGGUUGACACAACCUAUCCGGUGGCCCACUGGUUCCUAGUGACCUCAAAUCUGGGUCUUCUUACCCCAUAUCUCUCUGAGGAGCACUUGUCUCACAUAGCCAACAUUCUCCUGGACUCUCUACUGCAUGGAGCCACUCCAGACAUACCAGAGAAGGAAGCAGCUCACCUGUCCAUCGCCAACAUUUCAAAGCAUUUGCUCGGGAGCCCAAUGCUUGUUGAGUUAUCCUCACUGUACUCUGUUAUAGUCCAGUGUCUCUCCAAAAGGAUUGUAGGAAUUCUAUGCCGUUCUGAGCAGGGCUCCCAGUGUCAGGUGCUCUUAAGUUUUGGUGAAGAGGUGCAGGUCAUAAAGGGGAAGGAGGAGGGGGCGGCUGGCUCUGAGGGAGGAGGUAGCCACUCGGAAGCAUCGUCUCCCUGGAGCAAAUUGGAGGCCAGAGCUCAGGCGGUCCUGCAGUUUGCAAAGGCUGACUCUAAAGUCCCUCUGACUGGGUCACAGCUGGAGAGCCUGGCUCAGAUACUGCAGGUCACCAGUGCUCUUUGCCCAGAUGGCAUGAGCCCAGAGGACCACUCUGAGUGCUUCCUUCUCCUGUUCUUCAUGGCUGUCAGUGUCCAGCCUCAGGGCGACGUGGAACCCUCGGCCGUUAUCGGACUGCUAACUGACGUCUACCGUCUCAUGACCUCGCUGCAGUCGGGAAGUAAUUUUGGGACUAUCCUAAAAGUUGUGCAUGGAAGUGAACUCUUGGAAACGUGUGUGUCUUCCGUUUAUUCCCUCAGUGAAUGUCUCACUCGAUCUGUGGAUAGUCCAGCAAGGAUGGCCUUCAUCCAGGCUUUCCAGGGCUUCCUCCAGUGCCUAUUUCGAGUGAUCAUUAACAGGAGGAAGAGCGUGCGUCUCAACUUGGAGAAAUUCACAACCUUCAUGGUCGAGGGUGAGGUGGCGGUCAGCAUGCUGUCAAGGCUCCGGGGAAGGGGUGACCUUGAAACGGAGAGUCUGGUCUCCCUGCAGCUCCUGUUAGCCUCUCUGACUGAGCUGUGUCAGACUAUGAUGGCCAAUUUGGGUAAGAGCAGCAAGCUGGAUGAAACCCUUGUGCAGCUCUCGGACAGGGCCCUGUGCAUCCUGGGACCUGUAGUCCGGCUGUGUCUGAGUGGCCAGGCCUGUGAGCGGCUGGGCCAGUCCUUCUCUGUGGAUGUGGUGACGGUUAUGGUGCAAGUGGAGCUGUCCCAGAUCUCCACCUGCGCUUCUGAUGGGGAUGAACAGAGCAAACUGGGUCACCUAACCCAUGGGGAGCUCUACAGGAGCUUCGCCCAGCAGGUUCUGAAAGAGCUUUGUUCUGCCCCUCGGCCCAUAGACUUCCUGUGCUCCUCUCUCCGCUUCCUGACCGCCUACUACACCGCUGCCAUGGCAACCGCAGAGCCAAACCUACCGGACCUUUAUGCCUCAGUACUGCAGAAUCUGAGAAUGCUGCUAGCAGCCCCCUGGCUGUCAAUGUCUGAACUGCAACAGCUGCAGACUCCCGUGAAGGAGUUACUGGCCCAGCUGGUGAGCAGGAGCUCACAAGAGCAGCUGAUCCUCCUCAUGGGGACCCUGAAAGAGGGCUUGAACGCUGCACUGGUCAGGAACGGUUGUUCUAAGGACGUCCUGUCAGCUGUGACAUUAACCAAGCUGCUUGCAAGCUGUCCUCUUUCUGAAAGCUGCAACAAGGCCUUCUGGUUUCUGGCACCUCAGAUUAUAUCAGCUAUUAUUUUUGUGGUGCAGGAGUGUGCGAAGGACCUGCCGCUGGUUGGCGAGUUGGCGGUGCCUGCUCUGGAAGCCGUGACGGUGAUUCUGCGGCAGGGGGAGGGCGUGCUGUCGAACCCGCACCACGUGGGCCUCGUGUUCAGCGCUCUGCAGCUCAUCCCUCUCGAGCUCCCGUCAGAGGAGGCCUACCACUCUGCCUUCCACGCCGUACACGAGGCGCUGUUCGCCGUCAUCCAGUGCCAUCCCCAGGUGAUGCUGAAAGCCACACCCUCGUUCUUAAACUGUUUCUACCGGCUGGUGGCGUCUGUCAUGCGGGAGGGGCGACAGAGACCGGAGAAUGACAGAGGUUCUGAAGCAGAUGCUGAAGUGGGUAUGAAGUGCGCUCUGCUGGUUGAGCGCAUGUACACACACAUUGCUUCUGUUGCAGAGGGCUUCACAGUGCUGUCCUCCUUCAUAGUGGCUCAGUAUGUCAGCGAGCUGCAGAAAGUAACGCUACACCCGGACAUCAAGAGUCACCUUACAGAGGGUAUUUAUAAGAUCCUGGACCUCUGUGUGGAGCAGGACAUCAAGUUCCUCUCCAGCACCCUGCCGCUUGGCGUCCGGGAGGUUUUCAGUGAACUGUACAGCAGCUACACGCACUACCACAAGACCCAGAGGCAAGGAGAGGAUAAGUACACAGCCUAAAGCCUGAUACAGCCCCACACUGCCACGUACUCAGGCUGUGGGUCUCUAAUGAUGUCAUCCUGUGGAAGUCAUGUAUAUUUCUGAAGGACCACAGACCUUUGAGAACAGCCUGAACAUUGGACAGGUUACACUGAUGACGUUUGCAGGAUGUGAUCUCAAUCACAACAGAUAAUACGGACUGCUUGAAUUUAUGACAAUGCAUAACAACCAAAAUUGCUCUCUUGAGUGGUUUUACCUACAACUAAGACAAAUUAAAUAUGCAUAUUUUAUGGAGAUGAAUGUCAUUUAAUGUGCUGUAUAUGCAUUCUUUAUGAAACUGUUUAAUUAAUUACAGCUUACUUGAGUUAAUUCCCAUAUGUAUGUACUUAUAUAUUUACAGAUGCAUUCCUUCUGAGAAAUACUUCUUUGGGGGAAAUGUUGUCUUUGGGGGAGAUGUGUUUUUCAUCGUUUUGUAUUGGGACAAUGUUUCUGUUGAGCUGUUUUGGGUGUUUUUUUGUGCAAGCAUCCUGUUUUAUGAAGUCUGUCACAGCUAUGCUGAAAGCCAUCUGGGUCCUGCUCAAUACUGGCACGUUAUCCUUUUUUCUCCAAAUUAGUAAAGGCUGAGAAACGCACUCAACUGGGGUCACACACUGUCAGAAUACCGGGUGAUAUUACAGGCGCAUGCCUACAGUUACAAGACUGAUCCUUGCUAUCAAACUUCCAAAUUAUGAUGAGAGACUUGAUGCAUUUGAUCUCUAAAGUGGAUUAGUUGUACUAUUUCAAAUUGAGUUCUCUCUGUGGAACAAGGGGACAUAGAUGAAAAUGAGUUCAAACACUUUCAGUGAGAAGCAGGCUAUCAGUAGGUAGUAAUGCAUCAUCAGAUUUUCAUGGCUUGUAGUAGAAGUAGAAGCACUUGGGAUGUUGGAGACCAGCCUGGAUACGGUGAUAGAAGCUGUACUGCUGGUAAACUAAUGAGUGUUCAUGACAAAAUGACCAGUUCUUGUCAUCAGAUGUUUUUAUGUUCCGAUGACCAACUGCAAUGUGAGACCCAGGAAAUCUUGGGGCGUUUAUUGGCAUCAAAUUGAAUUAUUUGUAAUAAAAAAUAUUUAUUAGUUUAUAUGUCAAGGAAUAGCAGACCUUCAGCAUCACCACAAAGUAAAAGGCUGUUUGGGUGACCUGUAGCGUAGUGGUUAAGGUACAUGACUGGGACCCGCAACGUUGGUAGUUCGCUCCCCAGUGUAGCCACAAUAAGAUCCGCACAGCCGUUGGGCACUUCAGCAAGGCCCUUAACCCUGCAUUGCCCCAGGGGAGGAUUGUCUCCUGCUUAGUCUAAUCAACUGUGUGUCGCUCUGGAUAAGAGCGUCUGCCAAAUGCCAUUAAUGUAAUGUUUGAUUCCAAAUCAGGGUAUGUUAAAGACAUAUAUAUUUUUAUUUUUUCCCUUUGUUGCAAUUCACAGUAUUUUUUUAUCAUCUGUUCUGCAGUAGGGGAGAGGCUAAUUAUGAUGUAAUAUUGCAAUCUUAGGAUAUUAAAUACAAAUAGCUGUUGAGACAUCAUACUUCACCUUUGCCCUCACAGCAGAAGCAUUUAUUGUUUUAAAGAGCCUAGUUCUGUUUCAGGAUUCAGGAAUAAAUGCAGGGUGAGUGCAUCCCUGAAGAUGAGAGGCCACAGAAUGCCCAGAAUGCUGUGUAAUUUAUACAUUUGCAUCUAAAUCCACCCACCGCCAAGACCAUCUGGGUCCUUUCCAAUGGCAGCUCAUUUAUUUAAUUAGACUGAUAAUUUAAUUAGUGUAAAUGGGAAGCACCCACCUUGUAGCCCUGAGCAGAUGUUUGCUGGAAGAAAAAAACUAAACUAAACAAUAAAGCCUACAGAACCA